AUGGGUCGCAUUAAGAAGAGAGGCACGGCCGGUAAUGCCAAAAACUACAUCACCCGCUCGCAAGCGGUGCGCAAACUGCAGAUUUCCCUGCCCGAUUUCCGACGAUUGUGCAUCUUCAAGGGCAUCUACCCCCGCGAACCCCGAUCCAAGAAGCGUGUGUCUUCCUCGUCGACGCCCAGCACGACGUACUACUACACCAAGGACAUUGCCUACCUCCUCCACGAACCCCUCCUCGCCAAAUUCCGCGAUCAAAAGGCCCUCGCCAAGAAGAUCAGCAAGGCCCUGGGUCGCAAUGAGGUCGGCGAUGCUGCUCGUCUGGAGAAGAACUUGACUCCGCGCAUGAAGUUGGACCACAUCAUCAAGGAGCGAUACCCGACCUUUGUCGAUGCGCUGAGGGAUCUGGACGAUGCCUUGUCCAUGCUCUUCCUCUUUGCAAACCUGCCCAGCACGGAGAAUGUUCCUCCCAAGAUCAUUGCRAAGUGUCAACGGUUGACCAUGGAGUUUGAGCAUUACUUGAUCCGUACCCACAGCAUGCGCAAGUCGUUCUUGUCCAUCAAGGGAAUUUACUAUCAAGCCACCAUCCAAGGCCAGGAUAUCCUCUGGUUGGUCCCCUACAAGUUUGUGCAGAGGACGGCGGGAGAUGUCGAUUUCCGCAUCAUGGCCACGUUUGUCGAAUUCUACACUACAUUGCUGGGAUUUGUCAACUACAGGCUGUACACCGGCAUCGGAUUGGUCUAUCCUCCCAAAUUCGAUCUUAAGAGCGAGGAACAGGGUGCGGAGUUGGGUGCCUUCCAACUCGAGGCAAAGAAUGGAGAUGUGGUCGAGACGGAGGUGCAGAUGGCAGACACAGAGACCAACCAACACGCACAAGAAGAAGCCGACAAGCUCAUCGCUUCCGCCGCUUCAUCCGCCACGGCAGAGGAUGAAGAUGUCACAGCGGAACCACAAAGCAGCAUGACCCUCGGCCGAGCGACACAAGACGAACCCGAAUCCACCACCACCCUCGACAACUUUGUCCCCAUCGAUCCCACCGCCGACACCCUCCUCCAACCUUCCAACACCGCAGACGCCGCCUCCGCUGCCAAACUCUUCGAACCCUUUACCUUUUACCUCUCCCGCGAAACUCCCCUCCAUCCUCUGGAAUUCCUCCUCAAAUCGUUCGGCUGCAAGCGUGUCGGCUGGGAUAGUCUGAUCGGAGAGGCAGGCUCAUAUUGUAAUGAAGAUGAUGCGAGAAUCACACAUCAGAUUGUUGAUCGGCCGGAUCUUCCCGUCUCUUCUGUCGAUGAGACGAUGGCAGGUGCGGAGGAUGAGUUGGAUGACGGCUUUGACGAUGGUGCUCCCGCGAAAAAGGUGCAARAGAGGGUCCCCGGCAGGACAUACAUUCAACCGCAAUGGGUGUGGGAUUCGAUCAAUGCGGGCAAACUACAACGGCCCGAUCUGUAUGCUCCCGGUGCCGAACUCCCUCCUCAUUUGAGUCCUUGGGUCAAGGCGAAGAAGGGAGAAUAUGAUCCUACAUUGAGUCUCGCCGAGCAGGAAACUGCCGCCGAGGCGCAGAUGGAGGCCAUUGGGGAGGAUGAAGAGGAAAGUGGUGAUGAUCAGGAAGAAGAAGAAGAAGGGAGUGAAGUGGAGGGAGAGGCGGGACUACAGGACUCCCUUCUGAAGAGAAAUGUUGCGCAGGGUGAAGGCAUGGAUGUCGAACUCGGUUCGGAUGGGGAGGAGUCUGAUGCGGAUGUACCUGCAGGUGGUGAUUGGGACGGUUUCUCAGGGAACGGAGAUGAUGAUGACGAACCUGAAGAUCCGACGGACGCCGCUGCGAGGGCACAUCAAGCGGAAUUGGAGGCCGAGGCGCUGGGCAAGACUGUUCAACCCGCGAAACCCAAGACGAAGAAGGAGGAGAGGAAGGCGGCGCAAAAGGUGAUAAGUAAAAAGGAGAGGGAGGCGAGGGAGGAGGUGGAGAGGCAGAAGAUGAUGAUGCCGAAUCGCAAGCGGAAGAUGUACGAGAAGAUGGUGUAUUCCAAUGCGGAGAAGGAGGAUGGCGCCAAGAAGAUUCGGGAGAAGAAGAGGAAGUUGGAGAAGGGGAAGAAGGUGUAA